AGCGUGAAGACACAGAUACUUGUGGAAAUCUGACUAAAGCAUACAAAGACAACAAAGCUUUAAGAUGCCAAUGCGCCAAAUGGAUUUGACCAAAAUCAGCUGUAAAAUGCCAUUGGUUAUCUGUGUAGUUUUAUUCUUACUUGAAAAACAACUUGGGGCUUUGGUAAACGGAUGUUAUUCAGCUGAAGAAGCGACUAAACCAUUCUCAGACUUGCCAACUGUGGAAAUGAACAACUUGGAAUUCCCGAAUAAGCACGUUCUUCCAACGGGCUACAAUAUAACAGUCGUUUGUACAAGCAAUCAUCCAGCUAAAUCGAAUCAUAAAUAUUACUUACCCUACUGGAUGCAGUAUUUUUUCAACGAUGCCUACAAGAAAAAAUAUAGUUGUGGUGGUGGCAAUAGUGACUCACAUUACGAACGUUCAAAAGUGUGCAAAUACUUUAUUCAAAACGCCACCGAGGAUAACUCUGGGAAUUAUACCUGCAUCUCAAGAAAUAGUUAUGGCUGCACAAUGAAAACGAUGGCGUUGAUGUUUAAAGAGCCAUCACCUCCGCUGUUUACUCAUCACCAGCCUCGUGAAGUCGUCUCUCUAAAUUCGAGUAAAGCCAAACUCAGCUGUAAUGCAUCAGGUGUUCCCCUUCCCUCCAUCACCUGGUUCAAAGACGGUAAUAGCCUUUCCAGUUCUUCUGUGAUAGGGUCAAAAAGUUAUUCAGUAUUGAAUUUUGAAUCUGUACAUCCUCAUGACCAAGGACGGUAUUGGUGCGAGGCAAACAGCACAGAGGGGCAGAGCAGAUCAGCUCCUGUAAAUCUAACAGUGGUGUGGAAGCCAGUGUUCUCCAUUCAUCCCCAAGACACAACUGUGUAUCUUGACGAUGAUGCCACCACCGUGACUGUUAAUCUCUCGUGUGCAGCAAAUGGCUCCCCACUUCCCGUCAUCAGUUGGUUAAAAAACAACUCCAAAGUUGAUGAUGAUGCAGUGAUUCGAAGUCAAAACAUCUCCAUCCUCACUGUUGUAAUCAACGAGGGGACAGAAAAGCACUUUAGAUAUCGUUGCGUUGCUAAAAACUCGUUGGGAAACAUAACUUCCCAGGAAGCCACACUGAUGAUCGCAAAACGCGAUGAGGAACGUUCACCUAUGAAGGCUGAUAACGGAACAGUCACCAAAGAAAAUUGGUCCGCAAUCAUUUGGUCCACCGCGAUAACCGGAGCUUCAGUUCUUAUUUUCAUCAUAAUUCUGUUCGUUAUCAAGAGGAGAAUGGAAAAGAGAUCAAUCUACCUACUAGACAAGAAAGUUUUUAGAAGGACACAAGAGGCUUUUGAGAUAAAAAUCACGAGUACAAACGAUACGAUAAAUCAGUUACGAAACAGCCAGUCUGCAUUAACCGAUGAUGGUCAACACACGGAUCCAUCUACUAUUGACGAAAACGAAGUCGUUGGAAACGAAAUUUAUUUGCAAUUAAUGGCAGUUGACAGAAACUGGGAGAUCCCCCGGGAUAGAUUGACUAUUUCAGAGGAGAAACUUGGCAAAGGAGAGUUUGGAGAGGUUAAGAAAGGAGUUUACCUAAGAACUGAUAGAAAUGAACUUCCAGUGGCGGUGAAAAUUCUUAAAGAUAACAAAGACAGACAGCAGCGAAUGGCGCUAAUCAAAGAACUGGAGACACUCAUCCUAGUUGGUCGCCAUCCGAAUAUUGUCAGUUUGGUCGGAGCUUGCACCUUUGAAGAACCUCUUUGCAUCGUCAUUGAAUUUGUCUCUGGUGGAAGUCUUGAUAAAUUACUUCGAAGCAGUCGCGUCCAUAAUCAACAAGUUGAUCCAACUUAUGUUAACAUAUGGUCAAGGCUGACAGAGAGAGAAUUAUUGAGGAUUGCUUCAGACGUCGCUAGCGGCAUGAGCCACUUGGAAAGUAAACAGUGCAUUCAUCGCGACUUGGCGUGCAGAAAUGUUCUUGUUGGAAAAGGGUUGGUAGCCAAGGUGGCUGAUUUUGGAAUGGCACGUGACGUAUCCACAGAUGGGCAGUACAUCAAGGCAACAGAGGGACGAGUUCCAUGGUUAUGGAUGUCUAUGGAGGCGUUAAGGGGAACUUGUACAAUAAAGGGAGACGUGUGGUCAUUUGGAGUAACCCUUUGGGAGAUAGUCACUCUUGGGGAACUACCGUACACGGGUAUCAAAGGCAUUUUAGAGCUUUACGAAUUGCUGGAGGAUGGAACAAGAUUACCAAAACCACUGCAUUGUUCGGAUGAGCUUUAUAGCAUCAUGUUAGGCUGUUGGCAGAGGAACCCUGACGAGCGUCCAUCAUUUGAACAGCUUUAUGAAAUGUUGGAGGAACUUUUACAACGCGAGACUAGAACAUACAUCAAUGUCACUUACUUCGAAGAGCAAAACAAAGAGGAAGCUACUUGGAUAUGAGUUUACUUUACGUUCAACACAAGUGGAAGACGUUGCCAUGAAAGAGCAAAAACGAAGAUCGAAGAUUUUGUCUCCUAUUAAACGUAGAUGGACUUAAGGCACAAGCCGCCUGUUAACCCUGCCAUUAUGGGGAGAGGUGUGUAGUGGGGGUGUGUGUG